UUCAGGUUGUAGAAAUCCUCAAUUUCAGAGCUCUUCUCUGUCUCCUCCCCACUUCUGGUCCUCUUCACUGCUCCUUUCCUCGCAGUUGUCAACUGCAAACCCCUCACCACGUGCUCUAAGGAGAGAAUGUUCCAGAACAAAGCUGCGAUCCUGAGCACCCUCCCCCUGGCUUUCCUGCUGGGUCUCCAAGGAGCUGGGGCCAUCGGGGCAGAUCAUGUGGCAAUUUUUACUUGUUUUGCCCAGACCCGUAGCCCAUCAGGGGAGCUCAUGGUAGAGAUUGAUGGGGAUGAACUGUUAUAUGUGGAUAUGGACAAGAAGGCACCAGUGUGGCGUCUGCCGGAGUUUGGUCGAGCUAUUACCGUUGAUGUUGAGCCCUGGAUCCCUAUGAUUGGUAUAAUGAAGAUGAACUUGAACACCCUGAUCAAGCGUUCCAACCACACCCAGGCCCCCAGUGAUCCUCCUGAGGUGACCGUGUUUCCCAAGGAGCCCGUAGAACUGGGCAAGCUCAACAUCCUCAUCUGCCAUGUGGACAGGUUCUUUCCGCCUGUGCUCAAUGUCACAUGGCUGAAGAAUGGACAGCCAGUCACUGAAGGUGUUUCAGAGAGCGUCUUCCUGCCACGCACGGAUUACCAUUUCCACCAGUUCCACUACCUGACCUUCCUUCCCAGCACCGAGGACGUCUAUGACUGCAAGGUGGAGCACUGGGGCCUGGAUGAGCCGUAUCUCACGCACUGGGAGCCCCAGGAGCCCAACCAGGUGAUGGAGACGACGGAGACUCUGGUCUGUGCCCUGGGCCUGCUGGUGGUCCUGGUGGGCAUCACUGUGGGCCCCGUGAUCAUCAUAAGGGCUCUGUGUUCCAGUCGCGUCCCCCAGACCCAGGGGCCCCUGUGACAAAAUUCCUGAAAG